CUUUCCUCAGUUUAAAUAGAAACGAAGCCACUUCAACUUUCACUCACUCAUCACACACACAAACAAUAGAGAAAUACAUAAACACAACACGCCAUGUGUGGACACGUAAGCACCACCAUAGCCUCCGGCGAUACAUGUCCAUGUUUUGUAUACUCCGACUAUAUAGUGGCUCCUCCUCUGCCGCAUGAUAUCGAUCAUCAUCAUAUGUCCCUGCCUCCGCCGCCUCUUAUGAUGAGCCACCACACGCUAUUUUCGGCCGAGGCAGUUUCGGGAUUUGGUUAUCUUGAUUCCGUCACGAACGGUGGCGGAGGAAGCAGCAGCUGCGACUCGCCGAGCUCCAUGACGAGCGGUGGAGAUAGUCUGACUAUGCAGAGGAGUGUGAGUAGCCAUAAUGGCUUUUAUGGUAAUUUACCGAUAACGGCCCACGACUUCGUUAACGACCAUGAUGGGCCAGUGAGACGGGCCCUUAGCGCCGGAGAAUCACCGAGGAGUAGCAGAAGAGAGAGCAGCACCGUGUGGAGUGAGAGCAAUGCAAUAAUCGAAGGAAUGAGCAAACCCUAUAAGUAUACUCCUGAGGAGAAGAAAGAGAAGAUCGAAAAAUAUCGUAGCAAACGGAAUCUUAGGAAUUUCAACAAGAGGAUUAAGUAUGAAUGCAGGAAGACAUUAGCGGACAGUAGGCCAAGAAUAAGAGGAAGAUUUGCAAGGAAUGAUGAGAUAUCACAACAAGAACAAGUUGAUGUAGUUGAAGCCGUGGUUGGAGAUGUUGAUACGUGGGCAUCUUUUCUUGAAUCUUUCUCUACUAAUCACUUCAUUAACUAAUUUCUUCUAGUUAUGUUUAUGUUUUUUAUUUCUUAUAUAUGUUUAUAUGGCACUUAAUUUGUUGUGGUUACAAAAUUGC